UCAGUCAUGAAGAUUCCGCCACCGUAGCAGCUUCACUCACUGUCGCACUUGUUUAUUUGUAAGGGGAACUUUCAGGGGCUGGUGCAGAAGCGACACUGGAAUCAGCCAUGGCGCGUCUGGUAGCAGUUUGCAGGGAAGGAGAAGAAGAGUACCCCUUCCUCUCCAGACAGAUCCCCCUGUAUAUCGACGAUACUCUGACGAUGGUGAUGGAAUUUUCUGAUAAUAUUAUGAAUGUUGACAGCCAUGAUAUCAACCCUUCACAAUGGAAACAAUUUUCAGAGUAUCACUCCAAGUUGAAGCAACAGGACCUGAAUAUUGCCCUGAUGGUGACAACUAAAGAGGUCUACAGUGCAUUAUCUCAGUUGGUGCCAUGCGUGGGCUGCAGGCGAAGCGUGGAGCGCCUUUUCUCACAUUUGGUGGAAUCAGGGAGCCCGGCUUUGGAGCCUCUCACAGUGAAACCCACGGGUCUGCUGUCUUUCACCAAGUCCUGUUUAGCAGAUGUAAAAAAGCUUUACACCCUCUUCUACGUACAUGGGUCAAGGUUGAAUGACAUGAUUGAUGCUAUUCCAAAAAGUAAAAAGAACAAGAGGUGCCAGUUACACUCCUUAGACACACACAAACCUAAACCUUUGGGGGGAAGCUGGAUGGAUGUAUGGGAGCUUAUGUCUCAGGAGUGCAGGGAUGAGGUGGUCCUCAUUGAUAAUGCCUGCCUCCUGGAGACACUGGAGACAUACUUGUGUAAACACAGGUUUUGCACUGACUGUAAGAAUAAAGUGCUGAGGGCAUACAACAUCCUGGUGGGGGAGCUGGACUCAAGUAAUGAGAAGGGCUACUGUGCCGCCUUGUAUGAGGGACUGUGCUGCUGCCCCCACGAGCACCACAUCCAUGUGUGCUGUGAAACAGACUUCAUCGCUCACCUGCUCAGCCGGGCAGAGCCGGAGUUUGCAGGUGGUUAUGAACGCAGAGAGAGACAUGCCAAAACCAUUGACGUUGCACAGGAGGAGGUUCUGACUUGUCUGGGUAUUCACCUCUAUGAGCGGCUGCACAGGGUCUGGCAGAAACUACGAGCAGAGGAGCAGACCUGGCAGUUAUUGUUCCAUUUGGGAAUUGAUACACUACGCAAAGGUUUUGAGAUGGCGGUAGAGAAGAUGCAGGGAAUCAGUCGGCUAGAGCAAUUUGUUGAGGAGCUGUCUGAAGAGGAGAGGGCCAAAGAGCUGAAGCAGGAGAAAAAGAGGCAAAAGCGGAAAAACCGACGCAAGAACAAGUGUGGGUUUGACAUAAGUGAACAGGAGGCAGAGGACAAAGACACAAUUCUGGACGAGGGUUCGUUGGAGUUCGUGGAGGGCAGUUGCAAAGUCUGUGGUAGCCAUGAUGAAGAGGAGGAGGAGGAGGAGGAGGAGGCCAGCUGUGAGGAGGGUGUUGCCUCCAAAGGACUCAAUUCCUGUACCUGCCCAAACGACACCAAACAAGAGUUGUCCACCCACAGCAAUGGCAGUGACUGUGGCUACUCCUCAAGCAUAGAGGGCAGCGAGAUAGGAUCACGAGAAGGUUCUGACGUAGCCUGCUCUGAAGGGAUCUGCAACCAUGAUGCAGCAGGCGACGACUCAAGUGUUCAUCACUGUGCUGAAGACAAGGAAGAGGAUGGAAUAGACAGUUGUGUGGACUGCUGGAAGCACUCUGAGGAAAAUUCUCAAAGCAAGAGUAAAAAAAAGAAAAGGAAGGGCAAGGGCUUAUGCAAUGACCAGGGACACACGUGUGAAGGCUGCAUGUCAGCUGGAAAUACAACAUGCCACAGUCCAUCAUCAUCAUCGCACACUUGCCGAACCAAAGAAAUCUUUUCCUCUUUAUGUGGCAAUACAUUUUCCAGCAUCGCACAACGUUUACCGUGGACAGUACAUCAUAAGAACCUUCACACUAGUCAUCCAGAGGCAAACAAGAGUCUUGUGGAACUUCUGGAUGAUUCAGAGGUGAGCUCUGAUGAAGACAACUGUCUGACACAGGAAGAAAUCCAGGCAUUUCUACAAAGAAACCAGUCCUUCUACAACAACCGCCACCAGUACCGACAGCUACUGAAAGAAAAGUUCACCAACUAUUGCCGUGCCACUGAACAGAGUAAGCCAGUGUGUGGAAAGUGGUUUGCCACCACCAGUGUCAACUAACAGCACUAACGACUCCCUACCCUGGAAGAAACACUCAUGACCACUGCUGCAACAUGUUUAGAAAAGACAAACUUCUGACUUUAUAUUUGGUGUCUUGUUCACUCAUAUCUCCUUGAAAGUAAAUGUAAUUGUCAGUUUC